AUGGUGGACAGCGGCGCCAAAUACAGCGCGUGUCCCAGGAGCUUUGCGCCUGGGGCGCCCAAUGAGAAGAUCGGCAACGAGCUUGACAUCGUCGCGGCGACAGGGCAGCGCAUUGACAUCGACGAGCGUGUGACCGUGACGACCACCGGAGUGAACGUGAACGGGCAGGCUUACGAGCAACAGGCAAAGUACCUCGUCGGCAACGUGCGCCAGCCCGUCCGAGCAGUCGCGGACAUAAUCGACAACUCGGGCUACGAGAACCAGUUUUUCGACGCGAGCCAGUUGGCCAGCCACGAGCUCGGGGACGUGGACGUGAUCCAGGGCGAUGCCCCCGAGGUGCCUGGAGGCGAAGAGACGCUGAGACGAUGCGACGUCCAGGUGCAGGACGAGCCCAAGAUGAGCCUCAUGUACGACGAGCGCAGCUUCGAGUGA